ACUUGAGUUGUUUGAUCAUAACAACGCUGAUGUAGAGGGGUCGUACUUUGUCAACACGGCUAAUAGGCGACAGGUAACCCAAACAUCAAAGAUUCCCGUUGUGAUCUGACUUUAGGACUGGGACGCUUCAGAUCCGUUUGGUCGUCUGCGAAACAAGAUGUCCGACCUGCAAGCCACAUUCCACUGGGCAGACUAUGUGAUAUUUGUUCUGACUCUUCUCCUGUCUGCGGCUAUUGGUGUGUUUUACGCAUGGAAAGACAGAAAAAAGGCGGACACGACAGAAUCUCUCCUGGGAGGAAGAAGUAUGUCCAUCCUCCCUGUGACGCUGUCUCUCAUGGCGACGUUGUUGUCAGCGACUAUGGUGCUAGGCAUCCCCACUGACAUCUACUACAACGGUACCAUGUACUGGCUAAUCUGCUUCUCCAGUUUCUUGGCUUUCCCCGUUAUAGCGCACGCCAUACUCCCUGUAUUCCGAGGGAUCGAGGUCUUCAGUGCUUAUGAGUACUUGGAGCUGAGAUUCAGCAAGGCCGUGAGGGUGAUGGGCAGCCUCCUAUUCCAGAUACAGAUGCUGUUUAAUAUGGCCAUCACACUGUACGCACCUGCGCUCGCCGUCAGUCAAGUGAUGGACGUGUCCACGGAGGUAUCAAUCGUUGUCGUCGGAGUUGUCUGCACCUUCUACACUGCCGUCGGAGGCCUGAAGGCUGUGAUGUGGACAGACACGCUCCAGAUGGUGAUAAUCUUUGCCGGUCUCCUCGCCAUCAUCAUCCGGGGAUCUAUCGAGGUCGGCGGCUGGGACAACAUCAUGGCGGUAGCGAAGGAAGCGGACAAGCUCCAACUGGACAACUUCGACCCGAGUCCCUUCGUGCGCUACACCUUCUGGUCCCUGAUCGUGGGGGGCUUCUUCUCCUCCCUGACCAUCUACGGGUCCAGCCAAGCCAUGAUCCAGCGGUACCUUAGCAUGAGCUCUACGAAGCGGGCACAGAUAGCCCUGUAUCUCAACCUGCCGGCGGCGCUGGUUCUAACGUCUCUCAUGGUGUUCCUAGGCCUCGUUGUCCACGCCAAAUACUACGACGAUGACCCUGUAACCACGUGCCGUGUGGAGAAGCCAGACCAGAUUAUCCCUCUGUUGGUGAUGGACAUCCUGGGUGGGUUCCAUGGUCUACCCGGUCUGUUCGUUGCCUGUAUCUUCAGUGCAGCUCUCAGUACGGUGUCCUCCGGUGUGAAUGCACUGGCGGCGGUGUUUUUGUCCGAUGUCCUGGAACCAGCACACCUGGCAGUGACGGGACGCAGUGUCCCCGGCAAGGCUGCAUCCGUACUGUCCAAGGUUUUGGCGCUUGUAUUCGGCGCCAUCAUCAUUGGCCUUGCCCUUCUAGCCGGCGCCCUGAACAGCCUGGUGCUGCAGAUCUCACUCAGUAUACUGGAUAUUUGGGGACCUCUUCUUGGCCUCUUCCUCCUCGGCAUGUUCCUCCCCUGUACAAACUCCUGGGGAGCAGGCGCCGGUUUUCUGUCCAGCGUGAUCAUUUCCUGUUGGGUAGCAAUAGGCUCUACCCUACAGAUGAACGCUAACGCCCCUCCACCACCCGUCUGCGUUAACGGCACAGUGACAGGGAACGUCACUAUGCCUGUAACAACCAUUUUAACAUCAACCCCCAUCGCAGUGGAAAACGCACCGCUUGAUGGUCUAGACCUUUUCUACAACCUGUCCUUCAUGUGGUACAGUACGUUAGCGGUGAUAGUGAGCGUCGUCGUCGGCGUAGCUGUCAGCUGUGCUACAGGUGGAACCAGGAAACGCCCGGUAGAAGCCCGUUAUCUGUCGCCCUGGUAUGUCGCCCUCAGUCCUCUAUGUCAGGUAGCUGAGACCAAGGGAGACAACUCAGAGGAGGUGCGCGUGGAGAUGAGGAAAACUCCUUCGUCGAUCAACCCAAGUGACGACACAAAAGAUCGCGUUGUGGUGAAUGGACACACGACGGAUCUAGCAAUAUCAGAUGGCCGUUUGCUUUAGUUCAGACAACAGGAUCAGACACCUGCACUGACGACGGGUCACGUGACCGGAAGAGUCUUUCAUCGUAGGAGUAGCGGGACAGACCAACUUUCAGCAUGAUCAAAGCAAAAAUAAGCUGCUGUGGAUUCUGAAGAUCACCUGGCAUUUUACUGUUUAAAUGGGCAUAAAUUUCUAAAGAGGGGUCCAAGUUGAAUGUAUUUUUUAGAAAAUGAAUUGGCAGGUGUAUAUGUUGAGAAUAUCACCCUCCCUUUUCCAUAUCUUGCCCCAUAUCAUCAUUUGACGCCCAUACCUGACUGAGGCCGUUAGGAGAAGGUAGAGUCUAAUAUUUUUAUCACUUAAUACUAACCAAGCAAGAAUCUAUCAUUUUUAAAAAACCUUUUAUACGCUACAAAAAUAUUUCACUCAAACACUCACAUUUUUUAUUCAACAUUAAUUCAACACUUUGAGAAUGUCAUUUACACAGACCCGUGAAGGUCCGGGUUAGAAUUGAUCUUCAGUAACCCAUGC